GGACGAAGCGUCUCAUGCUUACGCUUGAAGAGGCAACGCCAAAUCAAAUCAACCGCCUCUUCUCUUCUAAAAUCUCGCUUUCUUUUCAAUCUCAAAAACCGGAACCCAUUUCUCUUUUACCCAAGCCUCAAAACAGCAUGGUCGGAACUUCGCUCGACACCACCGGUCGCCACCUCGCCGCCGCCACCGCCACCACCACCAUCAAGUUCCUUUGCAGUUACGGUGGCAAGAUUAUUCCCCGUUAUCCUGACGGCAAACUCCGUUACCACGGUGGCGAAACCCGUGUCCUCGCCGUUGACCGCUCCAUUUCCUUUUCUGAGCUAUUGUUGAAGCUCGGAGAGUUGAGUGGAACAAGAGUGAGUCUGCGAUGUCAGUUGCCAAAAGAGGAUCUAGAUGCUCUGGUAUCGAUAACCUCCGAUGAGGAUCUAGCUAACCUCAUCGAGGAAUACGAUCGAGCUGCAAUUCCAAAGAUCAGAGCCUUCCUUUCCAUGCCUAAAAAAAUAUCUCCUCCUCCUUCCUCGCCGUCGUCGACGACGACGUCUUCUUCCUCUUCAUCACCUUCUAACAGCUAUGCUGCUACUAUUGGUUCAACGGCAUCAACUUCUAAGCCGAGAUGUUAUCAUCAGAUCUCGAAGCCAGUAGUGUAUCCUGUGAAGAAGAUUCUUCCUCCUGCUUAUUACUAUGGUUACCAUGGAAACUCUAGCUAUGCCUGCAUGGUUCACAAUGGGAAUCAUUGGCAAUAGCUGCUUUGGACUGAACUGAGACAUACGAGGGGAAAUUAAAAUAUAAAUAGUAAAAGAAAAGGAAAAAAUAUAUAUUAUAAAAAAAAAGGGAAUGGAGUAGCCGGAAAUAUAUAUAUAUCUAUAUAUAUAAUUUGUGAAUUGUAAUUUGAGGACUGUAAAUCGUUAGAAGGAUUUACUUUUUUCGGUCCGUGGAAAUUAAUGAAUUUUCAGUCCAAUUUCCGACUUUGGAUUCCCUGAAAAAUAUAAUCCAAUUUUUGUGAUGGUUAAUAAAGAGACAGUGGUGGAUUAAACUUGGAAGAUUAUGGAAAAGCAUGUGGUUAAGGACUCGGCGUUUUUCCACAGUUUCUGUUUCUUAUUCUGGAAACUUCGUUCAAGAGGCGCUAUAAUCAAAUUACGAAUCCCUGCAAGGACGGUGGCAUAUACCAAACCAAAGCUACGGUGGUUUCUUUCAUAGUCAGUACUCAGUAGAUGAUUCCAGUCCUUCCGGAAGCGAUAGCUAUUGAAUUGGAAGGCGAAAACGUCGUCAAAUCUGUCAUCAAUUGAACGAUUCCUUUCUUUUCUUUGGAAUCAAAGGACUUGGGGAUUGCGAACGAGUGGUUAUGGUUUGAUGCGAGACUUUGCCAAGGACUAUGGAGAGGUAAAGGUUGUUGGAUGGAUUGCCAACACAUAGGUUUGAUUAUGAGUUAAUUGGUUGGGAUUCAGUUAAUAGUCUACUUAAUCAGAAAGAAAAAAAAAAUCUGGUAAAACGAAAAAUAUAUUAGGAAAAGACUCAAAAGAGGCAGAUUCUGAUGGUUGGAGAGAAGGAGAUGAUAUUUGGUACUCCACUGACUUAGCAUUCAAUAAGAAGAUUCUCUUUGCUGUCUCUAACUUGGGGUGAUAUGAGAAUUAAUUAACAAGCCAAACAAACAUAAUAAAAGGGACUUCAUUAUUGUUAUCUUCCGAAAGAUAACGAUGAAAGUGAAAGUAAGGCUAUCCUAAUCCCUACCCCACCACCAUGUGCCAUUUCUGUUCUGUUUAAAACCUCUUCGUGAUCAAGUGGCAGCAGUUUCAUGGAUCCCACAAAUAUGCGUAGCGUUCAAUCCGCGUUUGUUAAGAGUAUUCAAACGUUGAUGUGAGGAUGGUGCCAACUGAAAAUUGACGACGGUUUGGCUGAAAUAACUCUGUUAUGAAGAAUGUCUAAUUUCAAAGUGGGCACAACAAAUAUUCCCACUCUUUGCUUUUGAAAUUUGUUUAUUAGAUGGUCUUGUACAAAUUGCUUGACUCCGCAUUAAUUAUUAUGUGACUAAUCGUAUUAGCUCAAUCAAUAAUUUGUCUAUUUACUAUUUACCAAUAAA